GUAAACGUCUCAGACUAUAUAUUAUAUUACAUGCUAUCAUUGCGUGUUAGGACAAUGACAUUUGUUCAUUUAUUGCAACCAUUAAGGUGCAUCGCGUGUUACGAAAACUAUAUGUGUGUGUGUGUGUAUUCUUCUUUUGAAAAACUGUAUUAUUUCUCAAAUUAACCGCCACGGCUCCCAUCCCACUGGCCUUUCUUCCGGCCGCCGCUCCUGACGAGUUUUUCUCCGGCGACGAACGUUGGCAGCUUCAAGCUUCUGUCCACGCUGCGUUGUUUUGGCUUUUUUUAUUUUUAUUUUUCUCUACAGUGCAUUUCUCUUCAGCUAGGCUCAAGGGGACCGGUGCUACACAAGCUUAUGACAGUGAUGAAAGUAACCGGCCGCUUUCACCCAUGAAUGCAGCGGUGAGGCUUACUUUUCUUGGCUGAUUAUUGACCUUCGGGUGUGAUCCACGCCGAUUUUAGCCUCAAAUUAGUUUGUCCAUGUCUUGAAGAUGACAGAAGGGUGAAUUCGAACUUAUUCGAUCACCAAUCAGACUUCAAUUGAUGCUGUUUAGCGUAUUUUGGUAGACUCGGAGUAGUUUUUUACCAAUGCGAACAUCUUCUAGCAGCAAUUCAAGUAAAUUUUGGUUUUGUAAAUGACGUUUGGAUAAAUGGUCUGAUGAUGAAAUUGUUGCAAUGAUAAAGAUUAGAGGAAACGGCUUUGAUAAUGCAAUAUAUGAAGCUUUGAACUCUGUUGGAUAUACUGGACUAAGUGCUGAGGAGUGUUCAAAUAUCAUUUGAUAGGAAUCUGAUUUGCAAGACUUUAUAAGAACAAGUGUACCACGAAAUGGAGGUUCCUCUUUUGGAUGAGACGGUGGAGGGCGUAGUUGAUUACCAUGGCCACCCAGUCUCCAGAUACAAUUUCGGGGGCUGGAGAUCUGCCUCCCUAAUCAUAGUGGUGGAGAUUGCCGAGAGAUUUGCCUACUUAGGAGUUUCCUCAAAUUUGAUUAACUUCUUAACGGACCAGCUCCAGCAGUCAACGGCCAUGGCAGCCAAGAAUGUCAAUGCCUGGUCCGGAACCGCCGCCUUGCUACCUUUACUCGGGGCCUUUCUGGCUGAUUGCUUCCUUGGACGAUAUCGUACUAUUGUUCUUUCCUCUGCUCUUUACAUUCUGGGUCUUGGCUUGUUGACUGUGACUGCAACAUUACCUUCUCCCGACAUUUCUGCCUGCCAAGAGACUGGAAACUCCCUACCAUGUUCCCCCAAUCUAGUCCAAGUAAUUUUGUUUUUCUUCUCCUUAUAUCUGGUGGCAUUUGCUCAAGGAGGACACAAACCUUGCGUCCAAGCUUUUGGUGCUGACCAAUUCGAUGGACAGCAUCCCGAAGAGAGCAAAGCUAAAAGCUCUUUCUUCAAUUGGUGGUACCUCGGUAUCUCUUUGGCCGGCUUUUCAACGGUUAAUAUCAUGAGCUAUGUGCAAGAAUACCUCAGUUGGAGUCUUGGUUUUGGGAUUCCCUGUAUUGCAAUGGUUUUUGCACUUGCAAUCUUCUUGCUCGGAACUAGGACAUACAGGUUCGGUAACACAGGAGAUGAGGAAAACCCAUUUGUAAGAAUUGGACGGGUGUUUAUCAUUGCAAUAAGAAAUCGGCAUGUAAACUCUUCAGAAAUAGCUCAUCUAGAGGAAACCCAUGGCCUUUUACCGCACCAUAACUCUAAAAAGUUCAGGUUUCUCGAAAAAGCUUUGAUUGUGCCUAAUAGUUUGAAAGAAGACGGCCAUGCAUGUAACAUCAAUGAAGUUGAGGAAGCAAAAGCAGUAUUGAGGCUCGUUCCAAUUUGGGUGACAUGCUUAGCAUAUGCUAUUGUAUUCUCCCAGUCAUCAACUUUCUUUAUAAAACAAGGAGUCACAAUGGACAGAUCAAUAGUUGUUGGAUUUGAAGUACCAGCUGCUUCACUCCAAUCUUUUAUCGGUCUAGGUAUUAUCAUUUCCCUCCUGAUCUAUGAUCGCAUACUCAUUCCAACUGCAAGAAAGUUCACUGGGAAGCCGUCUGGAAUUACAAUGCUACAAAGAAUUGGAUUUGGGAUGCUGUUAUCCAUCAUUUCCAUGGUUGUUGCUGCAUUAGUCGAGGGAAAAAGACUCAAAACAGCUCAAGAACAUGGUUUGGUUGAUCUGCCAAAGGCGACUAUUCCUUUGAGUAUAUGGUGGCUGGUUCCUCAAUACAUAUUAUUUGGAGUUGCUGAUACAUUCACUAUGGUUGGGUUGCAGGAGUUUUUCUAUGACCAAGUUCCGAGUGGAUUAAGAAGCAUUGGUCUCUCCUUGUACUUGAGUAUUUUUGGGAUUGGCAACUUUUUAAGCAGCUUUCUCAUCUCUGUUAUUGAAAAUUUAACUAGUGGGGAUGGCAAACAAGGCUGGUUUAACAAUAAUCUCAACAAAGCUCAUCUCGAUUACUUCUACUGGUUGCUUGUUGUGCUUAUGUUCAACAAAAUGGAGGCUCCUCUUUUGGAUGAGACGGUGGAGGGGGCAGUUGAUUACAAGGGCCGCCCAGUCUGCAGAUUCAAUUCCGGCGGGUGGAGAUCCGCCUCCCUCAUCAUUGGGGUGGAAAUUGCGGAGAGAUUCGCCUUAUUUGGAACUUCCUCCAAUUUGAUUAACUUCUUAACGGACCAGCUCCAGCAGUCGACUGCCAUGGCAGCCAAGAAUGUCAAUGCCUGGUCUGGUACCGCGGCCUUGCUACCUUUACUCGGCGCCUUUCUCGCUGAUUGCUUCCUUGGACAAUACCGUACCAUUGUUCUUUUCACUGCUCUUUAUGUGCUGGGCCUUGGGUUGUUGACCUUGUCUGCAGCAUUACCUUCUCUCGGCAUUUCUGCCUGCCAACAGACUGAAAAAUUCCUGCCAUGUUCCCCCAAUCUAGUCCAAGUAAUUUUGUUUUUCUUCUCCUUAUAUCUGGUGGCAUUUGCUAAAGGGGGACAUGAGCCUUGCAUCCAAGCUUUCGGAGCCGACCAAUUUGAUGAACAGCAUCCAGAAGAGAGAAAAGCUAAAAGCUCUUUCUUCAAUUGGUGGUACUUGGGUAUCUCUUUGGGAACCCUUUCAACUAUUAAUAUCAUGAGCUAUGUGCAAGAUAACCUCAGUUGGAGUCUUGGGUUUGGAAUUCCUUGUAUUGCAAUGGCUUUUGGACUUGUAGUAUUCUUGCUUGGAACUAGGACGUACAGGUUCAGUAACAGAAAAGAUGAGGAAAACCCAUUUGUAAGAAUUGGACGGGUGUUUAUCACUGCAAUAAGAAAUUGGCAAGUAAACUCUUCAGAGAUAGUUCAUGAAGAGGAAACUCAUGGCCUUUUACCGCACCAUAACUCUAAACAGUUGAGAAAUGUUGUUUUUCUCGAUAAAGCUUUGAUUGUACCUAACAGUUUGAAGGAAGAAAGUCGAGCAUGUAGCAUCAAUGAUGUUGAGGAAGCAAAAGCAGUACUAAGGCUCAUUCCAAUUUGGGUGACAUGCUUAGCAUAUGCUAUUGUAUUGUCUCAGAUAUCAACUUUUUUUACAAAACAAGGAGUGACAAUGGACAGAACUAUAGUUGUUGGAUUUGAAGUACCGGCUGCUUCACUUCAAUCUUUUAUCAGUCUAACUGUUGUCAUUUCCCUUGUGAUAUAUGAUCGCAUUCUCAUUCCAACCGCAAGAAAGUUCACCGGGAAACCUUCUGGAAUUACAAUGCUACAAAGAAUUGGAUUUGGGAUGCUAUUAUCCAUUAUUUGCAUGGUUGUUGCUGCAUUGGUCGAGGUAAAAAGGCUUAAAACAGCUCAAGAAUAUGGUUUAGUUGAUCUACCAAAGGCGACUAUUCCUUUGAGUAUAUGGUGGCUGGUUCCUCAAUAUGUAUUAUUUGGAGUAGCCAGUACUUUCACCACGGUUGGUUUGCAGGAGUUCUUCUAUGACCAAGUUCCGAGUGGAUUAGGAAGCAUUGGUGUCUCCUUGUACUUGAGUGUUUUUGGCGUUGGCAGCUUUUUAAGCAGUUUUCUCAUCUCUGCCAUUGAAAAUGUAACUAGUGGGGAUGGGAAACAAAGCUGGUUUGACAAUAAUCUCAACAAAGCUCAUCUUGAUUACUUCUAUUGGUUGCUUGUUGGGCUUAGUGUUGUCGGGUUGGCUGCUUUCCUGUGUUUGGCAAGAACUUACAUCUAUAAUAAGGGGAACACCACGUAAGUAUAAUUUCUUAUGAAGCAUUGUUAUCUAAAGCUAUGGGAUUAUUGGAUAUGUAUAUUCAUACAGUGAAAUCUAUCUUAGUGCAUCACUUAUCAAAACUCUCAAUUAGAAUAAAGAAUAUGGAAAUUGUGUCAUUUAA